UCCACGGUAGCGGCUCCACCACCGCCACCACACUACAGCAAUACGAAGGGGAGGGGGGCAUGCAGACAGCAGUCGGAGCUGCGAAGUCUGUAGGCGCGGUGCUGUGUGUGUGUAUGUGUGUGUGCGUGUGUGUGUGUGAGAUGAUUUAGGGGUAAAUGGGAUUAAACUACUCUCUCAGCCCCGGCGUUUCGAAAUAGUUGUAGAGCGGGGAGGAGGAGGAGGUUCGGCGCCGCAUGUGCUCGUCUGUGUACGGCUCUGAAACUCGUGGAGCCACGGCGGCGUAUCCUACAGCUCCAAAGCAGCACGAAGAGGAGAGAGAAAACUAACGCUAGCUGCUACCAGCACUACUACUACUACUUCUUCUACUACUACUACGACUACUACUACCAUUACUACUAGCUCGUUUUUUUUUAUGUAGGGCUCGCUAGCUAACGUAGCAACUCGGGUCAACCUCUCCCUCCACAUGCAGGCGUUGACGGGGAGGGAGGGGAGCGGACGCGAUGAUGUUUAAAUGGCCAUGCUAAACUCCUAAAUUCUUCCACAUUUCUCAUCUUUUUUUUAGUUUGCGCUUUUGUCUCGGGGGCUGGAAAGAUACACAUCAACAAGCGCCUGCAUCAUGGAGAACCCAGCGAGCGAACCGCCGCAGCAAAGCUGCGAGGACGUUCGGAAAAGUGGCUAUCUCCGAAAACAGAAGUCCAUGCACCGGCGGUACUUCGUGCUCCGGACGGCCUCUGAACGCGGCGCGGCCCGGCUCGAAUACUACGAGAGCGAGAAGAAAUUCCGCGGCAAAGCACCGAUCCCGAAGAAAGCUCUGGUGCUGGAGACGUGUUUCAACAUCAACAAACGAGCCGACUCGAAGAACAAGCACAUGAUUGUGUUGUACACCCGGGCGGAGAGUUUUGCCAUCGCGGCGGAAAACGAGGCAGACCAGGACGAGUGGUACCAGGCCAUGGUGGACCUGCAAUGCAAAAGUAAGAGCCUGGCGGACAUCACCAGCAGCGAAGCCGCCGUCUCCGCGGCGGCAGCGGCGUCCGGCGGGGGCGGGGACUACGGGCGACGCGGCCGUCCUCCUCAACCCCGGGCCGGCCUUCAAGGAGGUGUGGCAGGUGAAGGUUUGGCCCAAGGGCCUGGGGCAGGCCAAGAACCUGGUGGGCAUCUACCGCCUGUGUCUGACGGACAAGACGGUGAACUUCGUGAAGCUGCACUCUGACGCGGCGGCGGUGGUGCUGCAGCUGAUGAACGUGCGGCGCUGCGGCCACUCGGAGAACUUCUUCUUCGUGGAGGUGGGCCGCUCGGCCGUCACGGGCCCCGGGGAGUUCUGGAUGCAGGUGGACGACUCGGUGGUGGCCCAGAACAUGCACGAGUCCCUCCUGGAGGCCAUGAAGGCGCUGAGCGACGAGUUCCGUCAGCGCAGCAAAUCACAGUCCAGCUCGGGGCCGGGGGGCGGGGCCACAGCCUCCAACCCCAUCAGCGUGCCGUCCCGCCGCCACCACCCCAACCCGCCCCCCAGCCAGGUGGGCUUCACCCGCCGCUCGCGCACCGAGCCCCCCAUCGGCGGGGGAGGGGGCGGGGGGGCCGGCAGCGCCAACGCCUCGCCCACCCCCCGCCACGGCCUCCCGCGGCCCCGCACCGCCAGCGACGCCGCCAAGGGCGAGGAGGGGGCGCCCGCCGGCUGCUCGGGCCCCCAGGGGCCCCCCGGCUCCAGCCCGGCCACCAACGGCUCCUGCUCCGGGACCCCCGUCCUGCGCUCCAAGUCGGUGCGCUCGUCCUCGGGCCCCGCCGCCAAGGCCCCCCUGGGCCUGAUGCGCUCCAUCUCCACGCCGGGCCCCUCGCCGGCCCCCAGCCUGUCCUCCAGCUCCGGCCACGGCUCCGAGUUCGGCGGGGCGGGGGCGCCGGGGCAAGCUGCCGCGGCGGGCCCCUACGGCCGCGGGCCCCCCUCCCACCACGCCUCGGUGUCGGGCUCCCCCAGCGACUACGGCUCCUCGGACGAGUACGGCUCCUCCCCCGGGGAGCAGGGCCUGCUACCGUCCCCCGGCCCGGGCCCCGGGUCCCUGGACGACGCCGGGGCCAACUACAUCCUGAUGGGCCAGUGCGGCGCCCGCAGCGGUGGCGGCGGCGCCGGGGGGGGCGGGGCCAUGGACUGCAGCUCGGCGGCCAGCUCCCUGGCGUCCCAGGACGGGGGCGUGGGCUCCCCAGGGGCCCCGCCCGGGGCCAAGAGGGUGCUGCGGCGCUCGUCCAGCCGCGAGAGCGAGGCGGAGCGCCAGCUGCUCAGCAAGCGGGCCUCGCUGCCCCCUAUGGCCCUGGAGCGGCUGGCCCCCCGGGGGGGGCAGCGCCGCGGCGAGGGCCCCUCCGCGCCGGCCCCGGGGCCCCCGGGGCCCGAGGAGGACUGUGCGGACUACGCGGUGAUGUCGCGCAGCACCAGCCGCGAGUCGUUCGCCUCGUCGGCGUCCUCGUCCUGCACGCAGCGCGACUCGGGCGUGGUCAGCGGCUCCUCGGCCGGCGGCGGCUACCUGGACGUGGCCGGGGGGGCGGAGCUCUACCGGGGCGGGGAGGGGGGCGUGGCCACGCCGGUGUCGCCCCACCCGCCGCCCGGCGUGGACAACGGCUACAUGUCCAUGCUGCCGGGCGGCGGCUCCCAGCCGCCGGGGGGCCCCCCGCUGGCCGCCUCCUUCCCCGACGGCGGCGAGCUGUCGGCCAGGGGCCCCGCCGACGACUACAUGGCCAUGACGCCCAACAACAGCGUGUCGCCGCCGCAGCCCAUCCGCCCGGCGCCGCCGCGCGCCGCCGACGGCUACAUGAUGAUGUCGCCGCACGGCAGCUGCUCCCCAGAGCAGCGGGGGGGCGGGGCCUGGCCGGGCAGCGCCGACAGCCGCGCCGGCAGUGACUACAUGAACAUGUCGCCCAUCAGCGUGCGCUCGGCCAAUGGCAGCCCCCCGCCGGCGCAGGAGGCGGAGACCCAGCACGGGGCCCCCGCCCAGCAGGGGCCGCAGACGCCGGGGCCCAAGAUGGUGUACUCGUACUACUCCCUGCCGCGCUCCUACAAACACAACCCCUCCAAGGGGCUGUUCGAGGAGGGCGUGGCCCGCGGCCGCCGCUCGGCCAGCAACGAGAGCCUGGGCGGGGAGGGCGAGGAGCGGACCCCCAAGGGGCCCCACAGCGCCCCGGGGGGCAAGCUCAAAGGAGCGCCCUCCAAGGAGGUCAACGGCGGCGGCGGCGGCGGCCUGCAGCAGCGCCGCGGCGGGGCGGCCCCGGCCAAGCAGGGGGGCCACGCCCGCAGCCGGCCCGUCAGCCUGUUCGUGGACGUGUCCAAGGCCAACACGCUGCCCCGCGUGCGGGAGAACCCCCUGGCCCCGGAGCCCAAGAGCCCCGGGGAGUACGUCAGCAUCGAGUUCAAGGGCGGCGCCGGGGGUCUGAGGCAGGGCUACUGCGGCCCCCCGCAGCCCGGGAGACUGCGGCCCGCCUGCGGCUUCCUGCCGCUGUCCCGCAGCCCCUCUGCGCCCCUCAGCCCCCCGCCGGGGGCCUCGGAGUACGUCAACAUGGACCUGGGCCCCUCCCCCUGCCCCUCGCCGCUCUCCCUCACGCCGCUGGGCUUCCCCUCCUUCCACACGCCCCCCACCCCCCCCACCCUGGCCGCCCAGGCGCCCAAGCUCCGCGGCCGCGUGCCGGGGGGCCCCUGCCAGGAGGAGGAGGAUGAGCAGGUGGUGGUCGUCGUGGCGACGGGAGGAGGAGGAGGAGGAGGAGGAGGGGCGGCCCGGAGGAAGAGCCGCGAGAGCGUCCCGCCGCCGAGCGAGUCGGAGUCGCCCACGUCCUGCGGCGACUACACCGAGAUGGCGUUCAGCCUGAACCGCGACGGCUCCGCCCCCACCCGGAUCACGUCGUCCAACGUCUCGCCCGAGGCCCCGCCCCCGGCCCGGCCCACGGCCCCCCUCGUCCCGGGGCUGCCCCUGGGGCUGGACUUCCCCCCGGCCAAGCCCCUGGCCAACCCCGACCACGGCGCCAAGGUCAUCCGGGCGGACCCCCAGGGCCGCCGCCGCCACUGCUCGGAGACGUUCCUGGCCUCCUCCACCGCCUCCCUCUUCCCGGAGCACGCCCAGGCCGUAGCGCGGCGCCUCGGCUUCGAGGGCAUGCUGUGGGGGAACAGCAACGGCGGAGCGGCCGACUCCCCCGCACAGUUCCACCUCCCCGGGCAGCAGCCGUCACCCGUCGCCCAGGCUUUGUGCGGAGAGCAAGGCCUCAACUACAUAGACUUGGACCUGGCCAACAAGGAGACGCCUCACCCGGUCGCCGACGGGCCCUCGGGGCUCCAGGCCGCCCCGUCCCGCCUGUUCGCCCUGCUCGGCGGGGGGUCCGGAUCAGCAUCAGGAGGAGGAGCAGGAGGAGGAGUGGCAGGAGCAGGGGCCGGCGGUAGCGGCGGCGGCGGCGGCGUCUCCAGUCUCAACACGUACGCCAGCAUCGACUUCUACAAGUCGGACGAGCUGCGCAGCCACCAGAACGGCAGCAAGGAGGGGACGGACGCGCAGGAACCCAACUGA